GGCUCCAGGAUUUACGACAAACAGCUCAGACCCACAGAGAAUAAACUCGUGGUCUAUAUGUCAAUGGGCGAGGGCUCACACAACUAUCAUCACGCUUUUCCCUGGGACUAUACGACCAGUUAUCACAAAUGGUAUGAGAGCUAUAAUUUGGCCACACUUUUCAUACUCAUCUCAUCGCUCGUCGGUUUGGCUUAUGAUAUGAAACGACCGAAAAAGGAUACGAUUCUGCAAUACGUCGAGAAAAAAGGAGAUAUUCUUGAAGUGAAUCUCAUUCAUAAGAAACAUAUAAUAAUCCGUUUGAUUAUCGGUCUCUUUGAUUGGAUUAUGGGAUGUAUAGUGACUUCAUGGCCCAUAUGGUCAAUAUUGGUCAUUAAGAUUGCAUUAGGUCAGGAGUGGUGGUUCUUUGAUUGCAAUGAUUUCAUAUUCAUCAAGUAUAAUUGGUUUUGAGCUUAUUAUUGCUUCAUGGUUUAAUAUAAUUAAAUUGAUCUUUUAAAAAUACAUAAACCAAUAAUUUCAAUGCAUAUCGUAAUUAAAAACAUGAUUAAUUGUAACUUUAAUUGUAAUAGCGAUUAGAAAAUGGUUUACAUAAUCCAACAUGCCAUCUUUGCUAUUUAUAACUCUCAUGUACUAUUUUAUUUAAUAAAAUAGUUAAGUAUUUAAUAAGGGUAAUUGAAAAUAAAAACCCUAAUCCUCUGACUUCACUUUUACUGUA